UAGAAGAAGAACGACCGCCGUCUGGGCACCGCGGGGUCGUCACUUUAGCAUUGGCGACGUGCCGCCCCCAUUACACCGAGCCAUGUCGAUGUAUGCGGCGUACGUCUCCGCCUUGAACAAAUCGACCGCCAACACGUCGUCGGCGACCACUGCAUGGCUGUUGAUGUAUAAAGGCAGCAAGCACCGCAGCGCGGCGCUCGUUGCAGCUCUCCAAGCCAAGAAGAGCUCCCUCGUGCUCAAUUUCUUACCCAGAGUCGUCUUCAAGCAGCCUAGCAACAUUGCAGCCUGGACGAAAGCCACAGCGUGCUCGCCUUCGCCGGUGGACCUUGUUACCACUCCUCUGACCACUCGUGAAUCGACGGUGGACGCUGUCAACCCCGCGACAGCCCUCCGCGCGCUUGUCACGACCGCCGUCGUCCAGCAACAUGCCACGCUCGAGAUGACAUCUGAUGGUUGCGGUGGGGUCUACCUUGUUCAACCUACAAGCAGUCCCAUUCCGCUCGGUGUGUUCAAGCCCAUGGACGAAGAGUACAUGGCGCCGCAGAACCCCCGCGGGUACCGUUGCCCCGGCGCCGUCGUCGGUGAAACCCCGCAUCCCGCCAAAAUGGGAUUCCGCGUCGGCGACGGUGCCGUCCGCGAAGUCGCCGCCUACCUCUUGGACGCUGCGUACAAUAACUUUAGUGGUGUCCCUGUGACCCAGUUCGUCUCGUUGCCAAUCGAUGGCACGUGGAAGGACGGGUCGGUGCAAGCGUUUAUCCAGUGCGAAAGCUCUGCGGAAGACGUCGGAACCCUUCGCUUUGGUGUAGCGGAUGUCCACAAGAUUGCCAUUUUGGACUUGCGCCUCUUCAACACGGACCGCCAUGCCGGCAACAUUCUCCUCCAACAACCUCCGUCGUCGCCCUCGUCGUUGUACAAAAUGGUCCCGAUCGACCACGGUCUCUGCCUUCCCUCCGUGAAACACUUGGACUCGGCCACGUUUGAGUGGCUGCAUUGGCCACAAGCCAAGUUUCCCCUCAGCCCCGAAGCCGCGGCGCACGUGGCGUCGUUGGACACAGAGCAAGAUGCAGCUACCCUGCGCUCGCUCGGCCUGCCAGAAGAGUGCAUUGCGACAAUGCAGGUGUGCACCAAGCUCCUGCAGAAAGGCGUCGAGAAUGGGUUUUCCCUGUACGACGUGGGGGCGGUCGUGCAGCGCGAAGGGUGUGGCAGCUCGCCGUCCAAAUUGGAGUUGCUUGUGGACUCUGUCAUUCAGUCGGUCGGCGAUGUGUCAUCGCCCGCCUUUUUGGAGGCAAUCGACCAAGCCAUCCACGCGCUGUGGGAACGUGCUGACAAGUGCAAGGGGCGCAGCAUGAGUGGUCUGUGAAUGAGAAGGUUGUAAGGUGGCGUAGAGUAGUAGUCGCUGUCGACAGGAGUAGAAUCAAUUCGAGUAAAAAUAAAUUAUAGAGUGUACAAUGCCCA